GGCGCCUACCCGCCCGGCCCCGGCCCCGCGGUCCCCUUGCCCCUUGCCCCUGCACGACGCCUCGUCCGCCCGCGCGUCCGCCCAUGGCCGGGAAGAUGCUGUCGCUGCUGCCGCCGCUGCUGCUGGCCGCGGCGGGGCUGGCCGGGCUCCUGCUGCUGUGCGUCCCCACCCGCGACGUCCGGGAGCCGCCCGCCCUCAAGUAUGGCAUCGUCCUGGACGCUGGCUCUUCGCACACAUCCCUGUUCAUCUACAAGUGGCCCGCGGACAAGGAGAAUGACACAGGCAUCGUGGGCCAGCACAGCUCCUGUGACGUGCAUGGAGGGGGGAUCUCCAGCUACGCGGACAACCCUUCCAGGGCGGGCCAGAGUCUCGUUGAGUGCUUGGACCAGGCGCUUCGGCAGGUGCCCAAGGAGAGACACGGGGACACUCCCCUCUACCUGGGAGCCACAGCAGGCAUGCGUCUGCUCAACAUGACCAGUCCAGAGGCCUCGGCCAGUGUGCUCGCGGCUGUGACCCAGACGCUGACCCAGUAUCCCUUUGAUUUCCGUGGUGCCCACAUCCUCUCGGGCCAGGAUGAGGGGGUGUUUGGUUGGGUGACCGCCAACUACCUGCUGGAGAACUUCAUCAAGUAUGGCUGGGUGGGCCAGUGGUUCCGGCCGAGGAAGGGAACGCUGGGGGCCAUGGACCUGGGGGGCGCCUCCACUCAGAUCACCUUCGAGACGGCCAGCCCGGCGGAGGACCCAGCCAACGAGGUCCAGCUCUGGCUCUACGGACAGCCGUACCGCGUCUACACGCACAGCUUCCUCUGCUAUGGCCGGGACCAGGUUCUCUUGAGGCUGCUGGCCAGUGCACUGCAGACCCAUGGCUUCCACCCUUGCUGGCCAAGGGGCUACUCCACCCAAGUGCUGCCUCAGGACGUGUACGAGUCUCCGUGCGUGGCGUCCCAGCAGCCCCAGGCCUUCAACAGCAGCGCCAGGGUCAGCCUGUCUGGGACCAGCGACCCUGCCCUCUGCCGCAGCCUUGUCGCGCGACUCUUCAAUUUCUCCUCCUGCCGCUUCUCCCGAUGUUCCUUCAACGGCAUCUUCCAGCCCCCUGUGGCUGGGAAAUUCAUCGCCUUCUCUGCCUUCUUCUACACCAUGGACUUCAUGAGGACGGUGAUGGGGCUCUCUGCGGCCACCGUGCAGCAGCUGGAGGCCGCGGCGGUCACAGUGUGCAAGCAGACGUGGAGGGAGCUGCAGGCUCGAGCCCCGGGACAGCAAGCCCACCUGCCUCACUACUGCGCUGGGGCCAUGUUCAUGCAGCAGCUGCUGAGCCGCGGCUACGGCUUCCACGAGCGCACCUUUGGAGGGGUGACCUUCCAGAAGAAGGCCGGGGAUGCCACAGUGGGCUGGGCGCUCGGCUACAUGCUGAACCUGACCAACAUGAUCCCCGCCGAGCCGCCGGUGCUGCGCAAGGGCACAGACUUCGGGGCCUGGGUCGUCCUGGUCCUGCUCUCCGCCGUCCUGCUUCUGGCCGCGACCGUCCUGCUGCUGCGCGGGGCGUGCGCGGCCAAGGCGUCCAGCGCCAUCUAGGGGCGGGCUGGGGGCGGCGGCCCUCAGGGACACCCCCCCCCCCAUCCUAACCCCAUCGCUGCCCAGACCCAGACGGGGGACGCUGGCUUAUUCGCCCACAGGGAACGGGGUCCAGACCCUGCCUGCCCGCUUCAGCCCCCUCCAGCCUGCGGGGUCCCCUGGGCCUCCUCUUCCUGGGGGUGGGGGAUUCAGACACCCCGCAGCCCUCAGCCGGCGACCCCGGGGCUGGGUGUGCAGAGAGUGGAGUUCGGGCGCUUGGAGCAGCCUCUCCCCAAGUCUGACUGUGUAUGAGGGGGAGGGUCAGAGCCCACUGGCUGGGAAUGCAGCACCUACUUGUGAAAAUUUUGUAAUAAAAACUUCUUUCCAGA